AUGUGCUAUCGCUCACUACCGCUGGGUACCAACCCCAAGCCCCGAGCAUUCAUUCUUGACCAUGCUAAUGCGGUCCGUAGAAUGGCUAUCGGGCAGUUACCGCAUGGUAUCAUCAUCCAGAAGAUCGCGCCUAGGAUUUGGUUCCCCUCCAUGGUAGUUGUUUGGGCUGGCUUGACGAUGGUUAGCGCUGCCGUCAAAACAGUGACUCAGCUCUGUGUCGUCAGGUUCUUCCUCGGCCUGACCGAAGGGAGCACAUAUGCCGGCACGAUCUACAUCAUCGGUUCGUGGUACAGGCCGGAAGAGAUCUCCAAGCGAACGGCACUGUUCACCGCUUCCGGCCAGGUCGGAACCAUGUUUGCUGGCGUCAUGAUGACGGCUAUCUACAAGGGCAUGAAGGGUAUGGCCGGCUUGCAAGGCUGGCAGUGGGUGUUCCUAAUCGAUGGCAUUAUCACCCUGCCUAUCGCCGUCUUUGGCUUCCUCUACUUUCCUGAUAUCCCCCAUACCACCAGGGCCAGCUAUCUCAGCGAAGAGGAGAGAAAGCUUGCCGUCUCUAGGCUGCCACAACCCAGCGAAGAUAGUCACAACAUCAUGCCGUUGUCACUGAUCAAGCGCGUCUUCUUCACCCCCAUGUUUUGGAUUCUCUUCUUCUGGUCGCCAGUCUGCGCCAGCACGGAGGCAUUCCCGUUGCAAAACACCUUCCUCCUGUGGCUCAAGUACAAUGACAAGCACUUCACCCAAGCCAACAUCAACACGUAUCCCCUUGGCGUCCAGGCCGUGGGAAUCGUGGCCAACAUGCUGGCGGCCUGGCACAUGGACGCUACGGGACAGCGAGUACCCAUGGCCAUUCUCGCCUGUCUCCUCCAGAUCGUUGUCGGAGCGAUGCUCCUCGUGCGCGACCUGUCAUUUGCAGGCACAUUCUUUGCCUUCUAUCUGGCCGGCAGCGCGUACAUGGUGAACCCACUCAUCUUUGGCUGGGCCAACAUCAUUCUGCAGAGAACUGGAGACGAUACCAUCCGCAGCGUGACUCUGUACUCCAUGAACAUCGGGUCCAUGGUACUGUGGACCUUCUGGGGCAUCGUAUUCUACAGCGCAGCAGACGCUCCGUAUUGGAAGAAGGGCUCCAUUGCCCUCAUCGUUUGCUGCGCCGUCAUGUUUGGCUACAUUUGGGCUGUUUACUAUCUUGACAAGAAGACGAUGAAGAGAUACGGAUAUCACACUCAGGGGGAGGCGGAGAAUGCUCCUGUCGAGGAGAAGAAGGAUCCUGAUACCGCGACCAAAGAAGUUGACCCUGAUGCAGCGCGGAACUAA